AUGGUUCGCAUAGACCGCUGCUACUUCUGCAGCACCAGCAUAUACCCCGGCCACGGCACCGCAUUCGUCCGAAACGAUGCAAAAGUUUUCAGAUUUUGCACCUCCAAAUGCCACAAGAACUUCAAGUAAAUCCCCCUGCUUCUCUUACCUCAUGCUAUCGGUUCUCAACUUGGUUGUCCUCAGGAUGAAGCGUAACCCACGAAAGGUGCGAUGGACAAAAGCCUUCCGCAAGGCUGCUGGAAAAGAAAUGACUAUCGACUCAACACUGGACUUUGAAAAACGACGAAAUAUUCCGGUCCGCUACGACCGCGAGUUGGUGCAAGCUACAGUGAAGGCUAUGAAGCGAGUAGGCGAAAUCAGGAAGCGGAGAGAACUCGCUUUCUGGAAGACGAGGCGCGUUGCAAAGAAAGCUUGGAACGGUCGAAUAGCAAACUUACAAUAUUGCACAGAAUGGCCACCAGUCGGGACAAGCAUCGUGCCCAUCGCAAAAAGACCUUGGAAGCAGCCAAGUCUGCUGCUGUCAAGGGCCUAUUGUCACCAACAACAGCCUCACCAAAAAUCAAGGAAAAGAUCAAAGCAAAAUCUCGCAGUGCACUUGUGCAAGGCGAAGGCCGAUCAAUGGGUAUGGAUAUGGAUUGAGUGUGCCUUCUACCUUCGCGUUUGUACUAUACUACGAUCUAUGUUUCUGUUUGUACUUGGCCUCGUUCUCCUGCCUUAUGUCUGGCUGCAACGUGUUGUGAAGCCCAAGCAUUGUUUUGCUAACAGCUUCCGUGACGCCAAUGCCUGA